AUGUGUGUUGUAAAGCUAAUAUCCCCAAUUUAUAUCCUCUUGUUGCUGACAGAGUCCUGUCAGUUUGCAUUCCGCGUAUAUGGAUGGCUUUUUGGCUUGAUGUUUGGUGCAUUCUUCCUCAGACUACUUGCACAUACUUACAAUAUCUCGCUGGCUUUGAGCGUGUUCCUCACGCCCACCCUGCUCAUUGCUCUGCAACCGAAGCUGGCUGCUAGAUUCUCGAAAAAGCACAAGACUGUCCGUGUGUCUUCAAUGGACGCUCGCACUACAACGUCCACUUAUUUUGACGAGCUCAACAAAAUGUGGUUGUAG